CUAUUUUUCUAAGAAACGGUGAUAUUUGUAGACGUGGGAAAAAUAAAUAUAAUUCUUGAUUAUAUUAUCUUUAAUAACACAGCUUUCGAUACACGAUUCAUAACACUUCGCUCGAUACAAUUUAUUCCCAAAGUAACCUCCAAUUCGAAUUUUUACUCCAACUUUACUCGUUUCUUUACUAUGUGACACUAUGAAACAAAAAAAGGAGAAAAAUCAAUCAUAAGUAUAACAGUAAUUUGACAGCUUUAGAAAAACGAUAAUUAGAGGCAAUAUUUUUAAAAUAAAUAAACAUCAACUAAUUCUAUCGUAACAAAAUAUCGACUCCGGCCUGCAUGCUCUAUCUCCGUCCGUCUUUCGAAAUGAGACAGUGAUGGCUGAGCGCUCGUGCCAGACGGACCUGUACUAGGUGUCCCCAAAACAAAUAUAAGAUUUACUUAUAAAAACUGUGCUGUGUUGUGUGUCCUAGUGAUAUACCGUGUGCACCAAAACCUUUAAGUUAUAAUGGGUAACAAGCAAUUGAAUAAAAAGAAGACAUCUCGAAAAAGACAACUCGGAAGAUUCCAACAAACAAUGGAACUAACGAAAAGAAGAAAAUUGGAUAAUUUCACAGCCGAACAUGAUACUAUAUCUUUAGACUACAUCGAACUGCAAAAUAUGGAAAUGGAAUCUCCGAUUUCAUCAACCACUGACAUUCAAAGUAACGAUGAGGCGACCGGCUCAAACAUUUUGAACCCACGCAUUGCACAGGUGGAUGACACUUAUCGGGUUCCUAGUAUAUUAGAGGAAGAAGAUACCCAUGAGUUACAAAUAUCGUUCAAAGUGGAAGAGCUUCCUGACAAAACCGUCGGUCGAAGAAUUGUCGCAGUUAGUUACCAUUCGAUUCGAUUCCUCGCAUUUUAUCCAAUAAAAGAUUGUAUGGAAACUAUAUACAUAAACGCAAUAUUUCACCGACAAAAUCGCAAUUUUCUUGUUUUGUUCAUACUUCAAGAUGGACUCUUUGUGACCUUGACGUCACGGUCACAUAUCGUUUUGUUCGGGGCGUUUCGCGAGUGAAGUACGACUGUCGGACUUUGACUAUCAUUUCUGACUUUUGUAUUCCUUUAAUGCAAUGGAUCCCAUAUAGACUUUUGAUCCUAAAGACAAACCUGAUCGAUUGAUACCAUAAAUGAAAAUUAGUCAUCUAUUAUCGAUAAGUAUAUAUGUUUUUCUUCAUCAAAUUAUCAAUAAUUUUCAUUUUUUAGAUUGUUCCCUCUAUAAACUCCUAAUAGUCUACC